GCACGCAGGACGAGCUGCUCCAGGGGCCGCAUCGCCCGGCCGGGCUGCCAUGGGGGAUCGGUCAGACCGAGCCAAGGAAACCCCCCCCGAGCAGAGUGCGGGCUAAAAAUGGACAAUUCCUUCGUGGAAGAAGUGGCCGCAUCUCUGGUGAGAGAAUUUCUCAGUAGAAAGGGUCUGAAGAAAACCAUCAGCACCAUGGACCGGGAGCUGCCACGUUCUGCACUCAGCAUCAAUAACAGGAACGAGCUUCGAAACGUCCUGCAUUUGCACUCCCUGUACAAACAGAACAAGGCCAAGGAGAACCCUCUGAAAACACUCCUUGAAAUCAUUACUAAUUAUUUCCUUGAGCACCGUGGAACCUCCAGGAGCACCAGUUCAAGUUCUGCACUGGCAGCUUCUCAAUGUAAGAGCUCAGCAUCCCAUCCACCUGACCUCUCAGAUGAAGAACGUGCAUGUGGAAAUGCUAGCCUGCCUCAUGACAGCAAAACUCAAACCUUCAGACACGAUGUUGAGAAUCCGCCUGAUAAAACCCUUCAAUUCAGAAAACAUCAACACAGAAGUGAAAAAUGCCAGGCGGGGACAAUAUGCAACAGCCACUUAACCUCUGAUGGGGAUAAGAAGUUAAAGGGUAGUCAAGAGGAUUUAAAAUCAGCAGUGAUUUCUGAAGAGCUGCAAGCCACAGUGAAGGACAAGCAGAGGCCCAGGUCUGGUCUCAUUGUCAGAGGCACGAUGGCUGGACCAGGAGCAAGUUCUCCAGAGGAUCAGCAGAGAAGGAGGUCAAAACGCUCCACCAGCAUCAGUAGCACAGCACUGCUCAAGGGUGAAAAACAUGAGGAAAAUGAGCCGAGUGCCCCAAAAGUCGACUCCCAAGACAAUAAAGGAUGCUCAGCACAAGUAAACCCAGAGAUUGCCUCAAGGACUUUGUCAAGUUCGCAUGUGAGUUCAGCUUCUGAGAAGCUAAGGAGCAUCUCCAAGGAUACGUGUGACUCUUUUAUCAAACUGCUGUCCGAAAGAGGGAGGACCAAGAUGGAGGAAAGGAAAUCACUGCCAAGCUUUUGUACAGACAGCGGUGAGAAAAGCCUUAAAGUCAGUGCCCUGCACAGACAUUCAGGGACUGGAAGGGAGAAGAGAGAAAGGGCCCUCAAGAAAAGUGAGAGCUGGUUAUCAGGCCACAGGAAGUCCCCAACAUCCACUUGGAAUAAAGAAGAGCAGAUGAAAGAUACCCUGGAAUUAGUUGAUGUUGAAGAUGAAGCAACAGCUGGAGAAGUCAGUAGGAACCUGAAUCUUUCAGCACUGCACACGCUUCAAGAAGCGUCAAAGGCGAUCGAUAUUUCUCUUGCAAAAGAAUUAAAAAAUCUUCUGUUUGGCUCCAGUCUUUGUUGCUUCAGUGAAGAAUGGAAAAUACAGAGUUUUACAUUUAAUAACAUACCUCAGUUAAAAUAUGGCAUUGUACAAAAAAAGGGUGGCCCAUGUGGAGUGCUGGCAGCAGUUCAAGCUUGUGUUCUACAGCAGCUUAUCUUUGGAGACAGUAACAGGAAUAAGGAUGCUCG